CUGCAGAAAUAAAUACAGAACCAAAUAGAUACUUGUUGAUAGCAGCUAGUGGAGGCUUAAAUCAACAAAGAACAGGGAUAGUAGAUGCCGUUGUUGCUGCCUAUAUCUUGAAAGCUACGUUAGUCGUGCCUAAGCUUGACCAAGAAUCUUUCUGGAAGGAUCCCAGUAAUUUCUCAGAGAUAUUUGAUGUGGACUGGUUUAUGACGUUCAUGUCGAAAGAUGUGAAGAUUAUAAAAGAGCUCCCUCAAAACGCAACGAAAGUAUUAAGCACUCGUGUACCAAGGAAAUGCAAUCCGAAAUGCUACGAGACUCGUGUUCUUCCCAUCUUUAAUAAGAAACAUGCUGUUGAGCUUACAAAGUUCGAUUACAGGCUGUCUAAUUUGCUCGAAGACGAUUUGCAGAAACUGCGAUGCAGAGUUAACUACCAUGGUUUGAGGUUUAAUGAUCCGAUUCGUGAUAUGGGUCGUAAAUUAGUCGAGAGAAUGAGAAUCAAAAGCAAGCAUUUUAUUGCACUUCAUUUAAGAUACGAACCGGAUAUGCUGGCCUUUUCUGGAUGCUACUAUGGUGGAGGAGAGAAAGAAACGAAAGAACUAAGUGCAAUACAUUUCUACUUGUCUGAAUUGGGUUUUUUUUUUGUUUUUCAGACAAAGGAUCCAGAGAGGGAAAGAAGGCACGGGAAAUGCCCGUUGAGCCCCGAAGAAGUUGGGGUAAUGCUGAGAGCAUUGGGAUUUGGGGAAGAAAUUCAUAUAUAUGUAGCAUCGGGUGAAAUAUAUGGAGGUGAAGAAGCACUUGCACCACUUAAAUCCCUUUUCCCAAAUAUCCAUACUAAAGAGAGUAUUGCCAUUAAAGAAGAGCUAGCACAAUUUUCGCCAUAUUCAUCUCGUAUGGCUGCAUUGGACUUCAUCGUUUGCGAUGAAAGUGACGUUUUUGUCACCAAUAACAACGGGAAUAUGGCCAAGAUACUCUCUGGAAGAAGGAGAUACUUUGGUCACAAACCAACAAUCCGACCGAACACAAAGAAACUACAAAAGUUGUUCCUUAACCGAGACAAUACAACAUGGGAAGAAUUUUCAUCACAUGUGAGGGAAUUCCAAACGGGGUUCAUGGGUGAACCAUUAACAAACGAGGUAAAUAAUACUAAGAAGGGCGAGUUUCACGAAAAUCCUUGGUCUUGCAUAUGUGAAAAUUCAGAAAGAAGAACAAGUAGAAGUAGUAGUCGUAGUAGUAAAGAAGAUGUAGAUAUAAGUAAUGAUGAGGUGUUGUCUGAAUACGAGACAGAUUUAUCAGAAACAGAAUAUCCAGAUGAUGAAAAUGGAAUUCUGCAGGGGAGAUUCUAG